CCUCCCAAGAAAUCCCAAAAGAUAGUGUGCGGCUAUUGUGUAUUUUUCAUGUACCUCAAAAGCUGAUCAAAAAAUGUAUUUGGGGUUUGCUGGAAAAUGUAGGAAAAAUCACAGCAGGCUAGGCAUAGGCUAGCUUUCAUUUAUUAAUAGCAGGCAUAGUCAUUUUAGCAUUCAUCUAUAAGCAACCCUCGAUAAAGCACUCUACUGAAACUGUAACGAUUACUGUAACUGUAUUUACGUUUUUUCAAAAAUUUUCCAUUUUUCUUAUUGUUUUGUUAAAUUUUGUUGUUUUUAAAAAAUGGCCAAGAAGUGCUGCUGUUCAGAGUGUGAGUCGAAGAUCGCUUAUUGGGAGGCCAAGCUCAGGGAUAGUCGUAAUCAAGAAGGGGACCAGGAAUGGGCCAAAGAACGAAAGUUGCCAUCAAAUAAAAGAUUCGUGGAUAAAAGAAAGUCGAUUGAGAUCUCCGAUAAAAAAUUAGGGGGCUGCAAGUGUGAUAAACAAAAGUCGGUCGAGAUUUCCGAAUCCUCCGAAUUGGAGGACUCUGUUCAGGGGCUUGGUUUUGUUGAUCUCUAUCGACAGCGACAUCAGCAAAAGCCUCACUACGAGCCUGUGGAUGCCUCGGAGCUGUACUCCAUAGAUCACAGGGGUCAGGGUAAUAAAAUUCCUAAUAAAAACCCAUGCAAAUGGGAACCUUUUGCAAAGCCCUUCAAAUUCAAAGAUUAUAAGCCAAGACCUUCGGAGGAGACACUGGCUCCCUUGAACUUGAAUCAGCAUUCAGGCUCUGUCUCUCCCUUGCCCUUAAAUAAAAGCUAUCUAAGGUCUAUAUUUCGAUCGCCAGGCCCUGAGGAGCCCAGGCAAAGUCGGCCCAUGGGAAGGGUUCAUAAAUGGACUCGAUUGGAUAGACAAUUUCUAAGAGACAACGGGGUUCCCAUACCCUCCCCAAAACUAACAGAACGGAGUCCAUUCCAAACCCGUUAUGGUCCCAAGUCCUCAACCCAAUUUUCUCCUCGCUUUCAUCCCCGCCAGACGAUCCCAUCCGAAAGCUCCGAUGCCUGCCUAGCUCGGUGCUCGAAAAAAUCAACCGAAAAAGAAUCCGAACAGUUCUUAGAACCGCCAACCGAACUGAUAGAUCCAUCCGAAUCCCGAGUCCACUGUUGCGACGAUUCUCUUGAUGAUGAAAUCGUUUGCAACAGUGGAAAAAAUUGCGAGGUGGACUAUCGGAACACUAGGAUGCAGGGCGGAGCCUUAAAUUUGUGCCCUUGGAUGCGAAAGCCUGUGCAGUCGCGCUACAAAAUGGGCAGUUCUAGCAGGAUUCACUUCAAGCCGAAGAGUGAAUGCGCUGAGCCAAAUACACUAACCAAACGGUCCUCCUUCAAGUGGAAGGUCUUCUCUAGAAAACCACAGGUCGGCGAAGAUCCCCUCCUGGAGACGCUUUUAUCGUCCAGAAGUUUGGUUUAUUCACACAGCAGUGGUAGCCAGAGGCAGGGGCAGGAUCCAACAUCCUUUUCCACGACAACCCUUGAUAUGCCAGCAAGCGAGUCCUGUCUGGCCCUAGAUCUGACUUUGGAGUUGGCCAGCAGCCGCCCAUCGGGAAUGAAGCCAGAUUAUUGCUGCUCCAGAGGACUGCGGCUGCCAUCGCUGGACUCCAAUUAUACAUUCACAAAGAUCUGGCGGGCAGCACAUUACGGGAGCGCAACUAGUCCUACGGGCGGCCUCUACUCUCAGGUGGACAAGCUCAAGUUUCGGACAAUAGACCGGCUAGAUGCUGGCUUCUCGAUGGUGCCGCUCUUUGAGGGAUCCAAAGAGGAAACCCGCGAGCGGGUCCGCUACUUUGCUAUCGAGUUCGAUAUGCUCAGCACUGAGGAGCGGCUGAAAGACACUGAGCUAAGGUUUCGCCAACUUCGUAAGCUGCAGGACACAUCGGACAAGACGUAUCGAAAGUACUACCAGGAUCACAAGCCCGUCCCAAGACCGGUGCCAAUCAAUGGGACCCUGUACUGCUGCCCAAUAGGCGGCAUGUGCUGUCCGCCGGUAACGAACGAGACUAUCCUGGGCCACAAGAUGAGAUACCACCUCCACGAGCGUGGUCUAGAGCUGCGGGAGAUCUUCUCCGGCGACCGCCUGCUGCUCAUCUUUAAUCCGCGAUCCUACGCCCUUGGGCGGAACUCAUGCAUGUCGGCGAUGGCGUAUGCGGGCGUCUACAACGACCCCUCCACGUUGCCGGGUAGGCGGUUCAUGCCCACCCGGAAUAGGCAAUUGCCGUGCGCCUUUGCCCAGUACUCGGAGCACCUGCCCCUCUUCGUAAUGGUCUGCCGGAACCGAUGGAGCACCGUCGAGGGCGGCCGAAAGGGGUACAGCGAGUGGAGCACUGAAUGUCUUUCGGAACGGAAUGAUGUCCUGACCUUCUGGGUGGUGACCGUGGACCUAGCCCUGCCGGUGCAUGUGAUAAUGACCGUACUGAAUCGCCGCAUGGAUGCAACCAGAAGCUGUGUGAUGAAGGCGCGUCCGUUGCACAAGACGCAAAACUGCCUGAAGAUUAUGCGCUCCAGUACUCACUACAUGCAGCUCUGCGAACAGGAUCUGCGUAUCCUUACCAGCGAUGACACGGAGCCGAUCUACCUGGAGAUAUCCGUGAAGGAGUUUUCGGGCACACUCGAAUGCAAGCCACCGUUGGAAGUUAAGAAAACUUAAGUUGUUAACUAUUUAGUUAGUUUCCGGAAAUAACAACCAAAUCAUUUGAAUUAGGAAGUAUUUGUACGUAAUCUAAAUUUAUACAAAAUCUUUAAGCCAAAACAUUCAAAAUUAACAUGUAUGCAAUGGAAUUUUUAAGCAAGCUGAUAGAUUUCUAAGAAAUCUUUAAAAUCAUUGUUUUGAGACUUUAAUGCGAUAUUGUAAAUAAAUUUGAUUCGAACUUUUAUGUGGUAAACAAAUUGGGCCAAACAA